UACCCCUGUUCCAAAUUCUGUCAGUUGCCAUUAAAAGUGAAAAAUAAAACCGACACAAAUGACUUCGGGAGUCGCGACAGCCAGAAUUUCUUCCAAAAAACAAACAUUAGAGGAUGCCUACUCUCCUCCAGCUAAUUUUUUAGAAAUAGAUGUAGGCGAUCCACAAACUCAUGGUGUUGGGAAGAAGAGAUACACGGAUUACGAAGUUAGAAUGAGGACAAAUUUACCAGUUUUUAAGUUGAAAGAAUCUAUAACAAGAAGAAGAUACAGUGAUUUUGAAUGGUUACGAAAUGAGUUAGAAAGAGACAGCAAGAUUGUUGUUCCACCUCUUCCCGGUAAAGCUCUUAAGAGACAAUUACCUUUCCGAGGAGAUGAUGGAAUAUUUGAAAAAGAGUUUAUAGUAGACAGACAGAAGGGUUUGGAACAAUUUGUUAACAAAGUUGCUGGACAUCCUUUGGCCCAAAAUGAGAAAUGCUUACAUAUGUUUCUACAAGAACCUGUGAUUGAUAAAAAUUAUGUACCUGGCAAAAUCCGAACAACUUAGACUGUCCCGUCAUCUUUGAUAUGCUUGCACAUUACAAUAUGGUUUUACUUAUGGCAAUUAUUUAUAAUAAUAUUGUGUCAGGUGAUGUAAUGAGAUUCAUCAUUGUUCCUCAUAUGUUUCUGGAUAACAGCUUGGAAAAUAAAACCUUUUUCUUGUCUUAUACACUGUCGUUUAUAAUUUUUCUUACUCAAAAAUAAACUAAAUCCCCAAAUUCUCAGUGAAUAAUAAAGAUAUCAAUAUUAAUUGUGUGUAUAUUAAAUAACAUUAAUGACUUAACUCAAACAAAAAUAUGCUUUAUUAACAUCUUAUAGUUUGAAAUCAACAACAAAAUUGUAAAUAUUAUUCAAAUACCUGUAACCAGAAGACAAGGGAAUAAUUUAAAGGUUCUUUUUUUAAGUUUUAAUUAUCUGUCUGUAAAUUGUUAAUAUUUGUUGUUUUAUAUUUUCAUUGAUAGUCAUAAAUAUACUUCCAUAGCUAUACACAAUCUGUGUGUAUUGUUGGUUGAAACAGAUGCUAUUGAACUUUUAAUCCCAAACUUCUUCGAAAGACUAAGAGUUUGUGUCAGUUGUUCUCUCCCCAUUAAUUCAUCACUGGGUGAGACAGUAAAAUAUUGAGUUUCCUUGCCCUAUUCAAUAACACACCCACCUAUAUUAUAUAGAUGUAUAUAUAUAUAUAUUUAUCAGUUUCAAUGAUUUAUGUCAUAUAACAAGACCCAUAUAUAUUCAUGCUUGUUUAACAAAUUGAAAUUUAAACAUUUUUUUUGUGAGAAAUUAUGAAUACAGUUAUGUCAUCAGUUCCUUUGUCAUUUAUGAAAUGGACUUUGGAAACAAACUUGCUACUGAUUAAUUUAUACAUAUUUGUUAUUAUCAUUUUGAAUGUUCCAUCGUUUAAACUUCAAAUUAUAAAUUGGACUCUAUGUAUUGCUGUCAAAAAAAAACUAGAUAAAGCUCAAUUUCUAAGAAUAUAAAUUCCUGAAAAUGACAUAUGGUUAAAAAUGAUAAAUUUAUUUAGUGGCGAUAAAUCAAAUGUAUUUUGUUCUUGUUUAAUGUGUAUUGCAUGCUAUAAUUAUAUAGUAGAGAACCAAUAUGUGUACAUGCGUAACAUGUAUAUUGAAACCAUCAAUAUUUAGAAUAAAAACAGUAAAUAAUAAAAUGUAUUGGAAUGUAAAGCAAAAGUAAUAUUAUAUUGAUAAUAUGAGGUUUGAAGAAAAUAUUUUUACACAAUUUAAUUAUUUUUUGUAUGUACAUGUAGUUGUAUAUGUUGUGUAGUAUUGAAUGUAUUUUCAUUACAGACUUUCAUUAAUGAAUUACAAUGAAUAUAAUGCUCAUUCAUUAUUUAAAUCCUUUUGAUAAAUUAUUUUAUUGGACAGCUAAAUUUUUAAGUCAUCAAAAUGGUAAAACAUAUUUCAAUAAACAGGAUAUUAGUUAUUUUUAGUUGGUUUUCACAUAUUAAUAUUAAUGAAGUGACUUUUCUGGCAAAAAUAUAUUUAAAACCUAUGAAAGAAAUAAUAAGAUUGUAGAAUUGGCAGGCUUAUUAUGACCAGGUUAGCUCCAAAAUACAGUGAGAAUGAAAUUAUCAAUUAUCUACUGUUAUAUUGCUGUAUAGAUAUAUAUUCAACCAAAUAAGCACACAUCCAUCAAUACACCUAGUGAAAAUUCCAGCACUUGAUCAAAUUUUUAUUAUCUCUAUUGCUCUUGAAUUUGGAAUUAGGUCCAUUUGCUGUAAUGUUCAUUUGUCUCAUAUAGCCCCCGUGCAGUAUUGGGACUAAUUGAGUGAAUGAUGAUUUUUUUAUGCUAUUCAGAUAACAUGGGUGUUUAUUUGGUUGUGUAUUUUUUUAUUGUAAAUUAUUAAUGUGUGCUAUUUCUUUAAUCUAAAUAUUAUACCAAUACGGUUUAUAAUAUAGACUGCAGAACAAAGACAAAGGAUGCUUUAUGUUUUAAAAGUUAACUGUAUGGCACUGUAGGCUAUAUGUAGCAAACCCUACAGUAGAAUAAUAUAGUAUGAAUGAAUAUAAAUAUAAAUGAAGUUCAUAAUUAAUGUAAUGAUUAGAUUGAAGUCAGUUUAGGGUUAUUGAUAACAAGUUUUAGAAUGUAUCUAAUGUACCUUAGUUUCUGUCAUGACUGUAUGUCGAUCAUUGCUUAAUAUUUAAUAAAUGUACAUGUAUCCUUGACAUAA